AACAAGGAAUGAAGAAAAUGAGCAACAUCUAUGAAUCAGCAGCCAACACCCUGGGAAUUUUUAACAGCCCAUGCCUGACUAAAGUGGAGUUGCGAGUUGCAUGCAAAGGCAUAUCAGACAGGGAUGCCCUCUCAAAACCAGAUCCUUGUGUCAUCCUUAAAAUGCAGUCGCACGGCCAGUGGUUUGAGGUUGACAGGACAGAAGUGAUCCGAACCUGUAUAAAUCCCGUCUUCUCCAAGCUGUUCACGGUGGACUUCUAUUUUGAAGAGGUGCAGCGAUUGCGGUUUGAAGUCCAUGACAUUAGCAGCAAUCACAAUGGGCUGAAGGAAGCAGAUUUCCUCGGUGGCAUGGAGUGCACGCUUGGACAAAUUGUUUCUCAGAGGAAGCUCUCCAAGUCCUUACUCAAACAUGGCAACACAGCAGGAAAGUCAUCUAUAACAGUGAUCGCUGAGGAAUUGUCUGGCAACGAUGACUACGUUGAACUUUCAUUCAGUGCACGGAAAUUGGAUGACAAGGAUUUUUUCAGCAAAUCUGAUCCUUUUCUGGAGAUUUUUCGGGUGAAUGAUGAUGCAACCCAACAACUUGUUCACAGGACUGAGGUUGUGAUGAAUAACUUAAAUCCAGCAUGGAAGACCUUUAAAGUGUCUGUAAAUUCUCUGUGCAGUGGAGACCAGGAUCGCAGGCUAAAGUGCAUAGUUUGGGACUGGGAUUCCAAUGGAAAGCAUGACUUCAUUGGAGAAUUUAGCUCGACUUUCAAGGAAAUGCGAGGAGCUAUGGAGGGAAGACAGGUACAAUGGGAAUGCAUUAACCCCAAGUACAAAGCAAAGAAGAAGAACUACAAGAACUCAGGCAUUGUCAUCCUUAACCAGUGCAAGAUACACAAGAUGCAUUCUUUCUUAGAUUAUAUCAUGGGAGGCUGCCAAAUACAGUUUACAGUAGCUAUAGAUUUCACUGCAUCCAACGGCGACCCCAGGAACAGCUGCUCGCUGCACUACAUCCACCCCUAUCAGCCCAACGAGUACCUGAAAGCUUUGGUAGCUGUUGGGGAGAUUUGCCAAGACUAUGACAGUGACAAAAUGUUCCCAGCCUUUGGAUUUGGAGCAAGAAUACCCCCAGAAUACAAAGUCUCUCAUGACUUUGCAAUCAAUUUCAAUGAAGACAACCCAGAAUGUGCAGGAAUACAAGGUGUUGUGGAAGCUUAUCAGAGUUGCCUUCCCAAGCUGCAGCUGUACGGACCGACAAACAUUGCUCCCAUCAUCCAGAAAGUGGCAAAAUCUGCAUCAGAGGAGACCAACACCAAGGAGGCCUCGCAAUACUUCAUCCUGCUGAUCCUGACGGACGGGGUCAUCACAGACAUGGCUGACACCAGAGAGGCCAUCGUCCACGCCUCCCACCUCCCCAUGUCAGUCAUCAUCGUCGGGGUGGGCAACGCUGACUUCAGUGACAUGCAGAUGCUGGACGGUGAUGACGGCAUCCUGAGGUCUCCCAAGGGCGAGCCAGUGCUUCGAGACAUUGUCCAGUUUGUGCCAUUUAGGAACUUCAAACAUGCAUCCCCAGCUGCUCUAGCAAAAAGCGUUUUGGCUGAAGUUCCAAACCAAGUCGUGGACUAUUACAAUGGCAAAGGGAUAAAACCAAAAUGUAUGUCAGAGUACGAGUCUUCCAGGACACUAGCUCCAUGAACCUGCCUGCACUCUUUUACAAAA